AUGGCCAGCUACAAGGAACCGCAGGUCAACCGCCCUCAGAGCUCCCACAGACUCUCGGUGACCUCUACGCCCUCCUCCAAUACGCCAAUUCGUCAUGCUACAUCGAGAUACCACUCUCACUCGGUCUCUCUCGGGGCUGUCAAUCCGUCCCACCGAAUUACCAGACGCAAGAGCAUGAAUGCAAGUACAUUCAACAACGUCGCGGUCAUUGCAGCUGCACUCAAUGAUAUGGACGACAAGGGUUCCGCUCCCUCGAAACGCGGAAGCUUGAACUUGAAGACCGCUGCAAGUAGCCGAGGCGUCGAGUCUAGCAGAUAUGGUGGUUCUAGCGGUGACAGAUAUCCUCUGGGUGGGCUCGCAAGCAACAACGAGAAUGCCAAUGAAGAAGCAAUGGACGACGAAGGAUCCGUUAUCGAGGAUGACUUUCUACCAAGUGAGAAUGUGAGCACCGGAUCGAAAGCAAGAGCCAGGCGUGCAAGCGAAGGCUCAUACCUCACAAAGGGCGAGGGUAAAAGAUCAAGUGGUGAACUUAGAUGCGAGAAAUGUGGAAAGGGUUACAAGCAUAGCAGCUGUUUGACGAAGCACCUGUGGGAGCACACUCCUGAGUGGAUAUUAACAUCAAAGCUUCUUAUAUCCAAGCAUCAGCAAGUCCAAUUGCUUCAAGCUGCCUCGGUACUGGUUGGAAUGAACCAAGAGACAACAGCAGCCGAAGACACGACGAAGCCAUCAGAGAGCGACCACUCAUCUGCUUCUCCUGCCGCAUCGGGAUCCUCGGACGUAAGAGAAGAAGAAUACUAUAUUAGCUCAGCUGAGACCACGCCUCCUCCCAUGAACGAGCAUUACGCCAUGGUAGAGGAUGCAGACAGCAGUCGAAGCAAACGACAUAGCGGCAACAGCUCAUCAUUCUCGAGGUCUUACCAAUCUGCUCCGUCAUUCUCGCUGCCCGCUGGUAGCAAUUUAAGCCAAUACCACCAGCAACGAAGACCAUCUUCAUCUGGCGUUGCAUCUGCAGAGGUAGAUGAGGAAGAGGCGGGCUUGGUGGCUGCUGUUGAAUCCUUGUGCAGCUUUGGUACCUCAAGGAAUGGCUUUGUCCCAUUUCCUGAUGAUGUCCCGCCGGUGCCCCCUGUGCCCGCUAAGUACCGCGAAUAUAACGUCAACAGGCUAUCGGGCAAUUUGGGACAACUCCCCGAAUUAGCCUUGUCAGCCCCAUCCUAUCAAUCGCUCUCCAAUGAACAAGAUAUGAAGAAGGGGAACAGCCACAUUGUCCACGUUCACGAGGACUACGAUUACGAUGACCACUCCAUCUCUCACGGGCGAAGUGAUGAAGAGGACGAUGGGAUUUUCGGGGCAAUGGAGGGUGUAACUCACGAACGCCUUCCCCGUGCCUGA